AUGCUUUCUCGCUCUUUGAUUCGCUUCAGCUCCAUUACAGCUCGUCAGUCUCGGUGUCGCCCAUCGUUGCUGCGCAUCCCGGCUACGAGGAACAACUUCAGAACAUUUAGUGGUGCUGCCAUCACUUUUAACAAGCAUUGCCAGAAAGUAGCUCAAGUCCUCGAUGGGGAAGUUGCUCUGGAGCUAGAGGAAGACUCGUCCGUGCUUCCUUCGUCAGUCCAAGCAUUCUUUGACAAAACUGGCUUCUCCGCCGUGGCGAGCCCAGGCAAGAACAUGGCAGAACUCGUCAAUCAGACUGCUAGAGGCGAGACUGUUCAUGUCUUCUUUGAUGUCGCGCAGGUCUCUAAUCUACCUUUGGAAGCUGCUAGUAUGGAAAAUGAAAUGCCCUCCGCUGCUGAAGAUGAAGAUCUUGAUGGCGUAGCUGACAACUUUGCCAACGUGAAUGUGGUGAUCGUUAAAAAAUCCGAUCAAUCUGCUGUUUCAUUUGAGUUGCUCAUGAAUUUGCAGGAGGGUACGUUCUUUGUUGACAGCGCUACUCCAUAUGCCAAUGCUCAAGCGGCUCUAGAAGAAUCUGCCGAAGCCGAGGUUAGCCGUGAACUUGUAUACCAUGGCCCUCCAUUUUCUAAUUUGGAUGAAGAAUUACAAGAAUCAUUAGAAGUUUACUUGGAAAGCAGAGGCAUCAACGAGGAACUGGCCACCUUCAUUGGUACUUACUCGGAAUUCAAAGAGAACAAGGAAUACAUUGCCUGGUUGAAAAACAUGAAAUCCUUCUUUAACUAA